AUGGUGAGGAACAGUGUGUGGAGGAACACAGCCAGCGAUGCAGUCUGCUCCCAUCAGGACCAGGCCCUCAGCAGCACAAUGUUACUGAUCAGGACCUACGGCCCCACUGCGUUUCUGCUCAGAGAGAGACAAACGGACAGAGAGGCCCAAUACGUGAAGGUCUUGUUGGGCGACCCGCAUACGUGCACCUGUGCUGAUUUCACCAGGAAGCGGGAGCUGUGCAAACACAUCUGCUGGGUUUUACUGCGUAAAUUCGGACUACCCAGAGAUCAUGUGUAUUCGUACCAGGAUGGACUUGUGGACAGGGAGGUCUUGGAGCUGCUCCAUAGUUUACAACCCGGGACGGAGCUCGACGCCUCGGGGACUCUGGGACUAGCGGUUCCAGGUCCGGAGGCUGUAAGCGUCUGCCGGAAAGCGAUCCAGGCUGAGGAUGUGUGUCCCAUCUGUCAGGAGGAGCUGCUGCAGAAAAAACAGCCUGUGUCUUACUGCAGGUUCGGCUGUGGCAACAAUGUCCACAUCUCCUGCAUGAAGGUGUGGGCGGACCGCCAGGCUCUGUCGGAGCAGCAGUGGACGGUGAGGUGUCCUCUGUGCAGGCAGUGCUUCGGCUCUGCGAAGCUGCUCAAGGAGCAGGCGAAGAACGCUGCACUGCUCUUCACCGCUGCAGAAAGAGAAAAGCCCAACAAACACCUGGGGGCGGUCUGCCACAGCUGCCAGGCCUGCCCCAUCUCUGGUACCUGUUUCAGAUGUACCGUCUGCAGUUGCCUCCAUCUCUGUAAGGACUGCGUUCAGAAAGGCUGCCACUCACAGCAUCCACUCGCUUCAAAAGCCACAAGAAGAGCGAAGUGGAUUCUUGUAGCAGACGACCCGACAGGUGACCGAACAGGACUUACUUGUAAUCCACAUCAUGAAAGGACUGUUGCAGAACUUUUACCAAAUAAAAUUUUGGAGCAUCUGCCCUUAGUCAGAGUGAGAUCGAGGUCUCAGCUUUUGAAAGAGGGGAUGCAGUGUCGGAUCUGUCUGCAGGGUUUUAGUUUGGGUCAGAGUGUCCGAAGUCUGCCCUGCCGCCACAAGUUCCACAUGGACUGUGUGGACCAGAUCCUCCUGGAGAAAAACUCCUGUCCUUUGGAUGGAUUUAUCAUUUCUGGUCCUUUAACUCGUCGCACGGCUGACAGGAAGACCCUUGAUAAGAUGGCCUCUGACGUACAGCAGGAAAACAACUUACAGGACCCGUUUGUCUCAGGAGUGGCCAUCACAAGGAGCUCUUAA